AUGGCCAAUCGUUCCAAUACAGGGAGUGAUUCCAAUAAGAGCGUUGGUGAUGGAAAUUCUGUGGAUGAUGAAGAAGCGACAAGUCUCUGGAGCUCUGCGAGUCCGCUGCCUUUGGACAGUCCCAAGAAAAUUGCCCAAAAGAUGCUGAGGUGGUUGUCAUUGAUUUGUAGCGCACGGUCCAUGGAAAAGCCGAAGGGAAGCGUUGGAAGGUAUUUGUUAUUCCUCGUCGCCUUCCUGUCGUCCAUCGGCAUUCACGGAGUCAACACUAUCAUUUUAAGAUACGUUCGACAUGUGUAUACUGAUGAAAGGCGAUUGCUUCUUGUGCACCUCGCCUUCUUGUUCGUGAAGGGUUGUGGCGGACUGACUGGUGGCGCCCUUGCUGAUGGGCGUUGGGGAAGACUGAAGACAGGGUUGCUGUUUGCGAUCCUUGCUUUAAUUUUUGGUGUCUCUGCUUUUGUUGGGCAAUUUUCCUUCAUGUCCUGGAAAAACAAAGGGCUACUGAUGCUGGCCAUUGCCCCGUUCACGUUCUUCAGCAUCAAGGCUGGGUGGGCCAGCUUGUUCACACUGAUCGGAGACCAGUUUCCAAAGGACUGGAACUGCCUCAGGACUUCUCAAAACUGGCUGUAUCUUCACUUGGCUGUGAAUGCUGGCUCAACUCUUGUAGGAAUCAUGACUCCGGGUGCCGGCUUGAAAAGAAAAGCGACAGGUCGACAUUCCAGACACUACGAGCAUUGGAUGGAUUCUGCCGAAUUUGAUGGGUACCCUGUGGAGGUCAUAGAAGAAAGCAAAGUGAUUUUCCGACUCUCGGGAUUUUUAAUUGCAGCUGCUGGGUUUGUUACUGUUCAUUUCCAAAUGGCUGACGAGGAAGUCCAUACCCCGUCGAAUGAUGAAAUGGAUUUCAACAUCGUCAAUACGCUUGACACGCCGUCGGAUGUGGUAUUAAUAACACGUAGACCAGACGAGACGAUGGUGAGGGAGUAUUUGCCAGUCAUCCCACCGAAAGCCGUCAAAACUGUGGUAGCCCUGAACACCACAAAUGCGCACGUUUUCCACGUUUACAGCGGGGACAAAGAAGGGAAACUUAAAGGAUUCAAUGCUGACGAGGAAGUCCAUACCCCGUCGAAUGAUGAAAUGGAUUUCAACAUCGUCAAUACGCUUGACACGCCGUCGGAUGUGGUAUUAAUAACACGUAGACCAGACGAGACGAUGGUGAGGGAGUAUUUGCCAGUCAUCCCACCGAAAGCCGUCAAAACUGUGGUAGCAUUGAACACCACAAAUGCGCACGUUUUCCACGUUUACAGCGGGGACAAAGAAGGGAAACUUAAAGGAUUCAAU